AUGGACAGCGCUCAAUUUCAUGAAGCGGUGUACAAUGUCGUCCGCCAGAUCCCACAGCAACAUGUCACAUCAUAUGGACACGUCGCAAAGCUUGUCGGUAUGCCCAGGCAUGCCCGACAUGUAGGUCAAGCUCUGAAAUUUCUCAUGCCCGGUGUGCAGCCUCCCAUCCCUUGGCACCGCGUCCUCGCCGCCUCUGGCGUGAUUUCAUCGCGUGGCCCAGAGACGGACGGUGCACAACGCCAGCGGGAAGCGCUCGAGGCGGAGGGCGUUGAGGUCAUAGACGGUCGCACGGGGGAGAUGAGAGUCGAUCUGCGGCGAUGGGGCUGGUUCCCGCCUGUGGGCAGUAUUGACACCGGUGUGGACGCGGAAGCUGCAGAUAACGACGGCGAAAAUCACAGCCAACAGGAAAGAGAGGACGAGGAUUGA